UGACCACACCCAGCCUCUCCACGUCGGCAGCUUGGCACCUGCCACAACAGCCCACCACCGCAUUCCCGAGGCUCGCCAUACGGUCUCGCAGCGGCAGCCAUGCCAGCCCGCGACUCCGACUACUCGGCGUCCGACUCAGACUCGGACGCGCCGCUGCCUUCGUCUUCGCGCGCCGUCGCAGCGUCUUCUUCGCGAGGCGCUGCUGCCGGCGCCUCUGCCGCAGCUGCGCCCGCCGGAGCGGCACGAGGCACUCGCGGAGCCGUCGCUGCGGGCGCAAAGGCCAAGAAGAAGGGCAAGGGCAAGGAUGCGGGCUAUGCGUGGGAGGCCACGUUUAAGCGCAGCUGGGACGCCGUGCGCGAGGAUGGCGAGGGCGGCCUCGAGGCGACGGUGCGCGGCAUGUUGGAGGCGGGUAAGCGGCGACGAACGAGACCGCCAGCCUAUGCGGUGCAGCGCGGCAUCAUUCGCCAUCUCGUACUCGUGCUUGACCUGAGCGAGAGCAUGUCAGAGCGGGACCUGCGGCCAAAUCGGCACGCACUGUCGCUCCAGUACGCUCGCGAGUUCGUCACCGAGUACUUCGAUCAGAAUCCGAUAGGCCAGCUCGGCAUCAUCGCCACGCGAGACGGCAUUGCUGAGCGGCUCGGGCUUCUCGGCGGCAACGUGGUGGACCAUCUUGCGGCGCUGUCCAACGCACGGCGUCUGGAGCCCAAGGGAGAGCCGAGUCUGCAGAAUGCGCUCGAGAUGGCGCGCAGCAGUCUCGCUCACUUGCCCGCCUCGUCCUCGCGAGAGAUCCUCGUGCUCUUCGGCUCCCUGACGACAUGCGAUCCGUCCAACAUCCACACGACGAUCGACACCCUCGCAGAGGAGCGCAUCCGUGUGUCCAUGGUCUGUCUCGCCGCCGAGGUCAAGGUCUGCAAGACCGUCACCGUGCGCACAGGCGGCACGUUUGCCGUGGCGCUCAACGAGGGCCAUCUGCGCGAUGUUCUCUUCCAGUCCGUCGCGCCGCCCGAAAUCCUGGCGCCCAAGCGCAACCCCGCACAGGCCGAGGACGCGGCUCCAGAUGGCGGCGAUCUGCUGUGCAUGGCCUUUCCCCUGCGUCUGCCUGCUGCGGCGCCGGCAUCGCUGUGCGCCUGCCACGGACGCAUCAAGUCCGGCACGGCGUUCGUCUGUCCGCGCUGCGAGGCAAAGGUGUGCGACGUGCCGACCGACUGCCCCAUCUGCGGCAUGACCAUUGUGCUCAGCACGCAUCUGGCCCGCUCCUACCACCACCUCUUCCCGACGCCGUACUACGCGCCCGUCGAGUGGGACGAUCUCGACGCAGCAGAGGACGUCUCGCCGACGUGCCACGGCUGCUCGACGCCCUUUGCGAUUGACACGCCAGCUGCGCGCGCCGCUGCCGUCUCGAGCGAGAACGUCUCGCCCACGGGCCGCUAUGCGUGCGAGGCGUGCGGCGAGCACUUCUGCAUCGAGUGCGACACGUUUGUGCACGAGACGCUCCACGUGUGCCCCGGCUGCGCAUAGCCAUGAGCAAUGCACCACCCCUCCCGCAGCGAGGCGCACCGCACAUCGCUUGCAGUCAGCAUUACAGAGUGACAUUACGCAUUCUCGCCCUGUCCGAGCACAAUCUCAUCGACGCGGAUGCGCGUGUACGGCUG